CGCGAGUUAAAUAAAUUACUUUCUCAUGGACCCUGAGUUCAUUUUUCAACACUGUCAUGUUGCAAACUUUUGACUAUUGUUCUGAUUCCGGUCCCCCACUGAUAGACUUGUGAGUCAUAAUAUGGGGAGAAAAGGUACAUCGAUAACUUGUAACAGAACUUUGAUAAUAUAAAGUGAUUUCCUUUGCACAAAAGCAAGGUAGGAGUCUAAUAUGAUGCAAAACAGCUUUACACCUUUGUCUCAUCACUUUUAUCAAGGAAGGAACCUUUGAAGGGCACAAAUUCUAUCACCAUUUGUAUCAAUCAAACAGAAAUCCUUUUCCUGAAAUGGGUAAAAUCUGGAUUGAAGUCUGCCUGAUUUCCGCCAGGGGACUCCAGCGAACAUCAGCUUUGUGGAAGCUUCAAUGGUAUGCUGUUGGAUGGAUUGAUCCAAACAAGAAGUACUGUUCCAAGAUUGAUUCUUCAGGCAAUGCAAAUCCUGUUUGGAAAACCAAAUUCUCAAUGUUGGUUGAUACUUCUCUCCAGGAUUUGGCCCUCCAUGUUGAAGUUUACAGUAGAGAGCCCAUUUUUCUUAAAGAAAAACUCAUGGGAACAGCUACUGUGGUUUUGAAAGAAUUUCUGGACAAGUACAAUAAGAACUCUGAGGUUUCAAAGCCAACUGAAGAAGUCGGGAGCUUUCAAUUGCGGAAAAAGAACUCGAAUAAACCUCAGGGAUUUGUUGAUGUUUCUAUCAGAAUUUCAGAAGAAAAGGAAGAACCCAGUUCACAACCAGGUGAUGAGGGAUUUAAGCUUGCGGAUAACAGCAGUGGCUUCAACUUGGCACUGGCUAAUGGAUGUAAACUUGCAUCAGCAUACCCACAGCCACAAUCUUUAACCCCGUCUCAAAUGCCAGAGAACCAACCACAGCCAUAUCGCCAACAUGCACAUCCAGAGCCAUAUCCUACAAAUUAUUCCGAUCCACAUGCAGUGGGACCAAGCUAUCAGCCACCGCAUACUCCUCCACCACCUCCACCUGCUAAUGUUGGUUAUAUUCCAACUUUCCUCCCAAGAACAGACAACAUGCCGCCUAGUUACUUAAACAUGCCACAGCCUGGAACUUCAGCAGCACGUAAUGCAAAACUUGGUUUUGGAAUGGGAGUAGGUGCAGGGGCAUUAGCAGCCGGUGCUAUGAUAUUUGGAGAUGAUUUCAUGUCUGGUUUUGAUCUGCCUCGUGGUUUGCAGGAUCCCUCGCUCACCAUAUCCCUUGAUCCCCCUUUUUGAAGAUGUUACCAUUUAUUGAAUUACAAUGCAUGCAAUGAGACUAUCACAAAAGAACUGCAUUAGAAGUUUCAGUUUGUAUCCCCAAGUUUCGGGCUUCUUGUGAAACAACUGAGAUUUCAGCUUCUCUGUAAUAAACUGAAGAUUUUACAAGAUGCAUGGUGUGUUAUAUUACGUUGAAGAACUUUGUCAA